AUGAUGAGCUUUGUGCAAAAAGUAACUUUGCUCAUUCUUGCCGUGUUUCAACCCUCAGUUAUUUUGGCACAACAAGACGCUCUUGCAGGAUGUACCCAUCUUGGGCAGAUCUAUGCUGACAGGGACGUUUGGAAACCAGAGCCAUGCCAAAUCUGUGUGUGCGACUCGGGAUCGGUUCUCUGCGAUGACAUCAUCUGUGACGACCAGGAGCUGGACUGUCCCAACCCAGAGAUUCCUUUUGGAGAGUGCUGUCCAGUUUGUCCACAAACAACGCCACAACCUACCAGAAGUCCUGACCCACUUGUCCGAGGCCCCAAAGGAGACCCUGGUUCUCCUGGGAUUCCAGGUAGAAAUGGCCUCCCUGGACCACCAGGACAGCCAGGGAGUCCUGGAGCUCCUGGACCCCCUGGGAUUUGCCAGUCGUGUCCCAGUAUAAACGGAGGUAGCUUUUCUCCACAGUAUGACUCCUAUGACGUGAAGGCUGGCUCAGCUGGUAUUGGUUACCCACAGCCCAUUAGUGGCUUUCCAGGACCCCCUGGCCCCAGUGGCCCCCCUGGCCCACCUGGUCAUGCAGGUCCACCUGGCUCUGCUGGAUACCAAGGCUCCCCUGGAGAACCAGGACAACCUGGCCCCCCUGGACCUCCAGGCCCCAUUGGAAUGAUAGGCCCAGCUGGUCCACCAGGAAAAGAUGGAGAACCAGGAAGACCAGGCAGAAAUGGAGACCGUGGAAUCCCUGGAUUACCGGGUCUCAAAGGACACCCUGGGAUGCCCGGAAUGCCUGGGAUGAAAGGUCAACGAGGUUUUGAUGGAAAAGAUGGUGCCAGAGGUGAAAGUGGUGCUCCUGGUCCAAAGGGUGAAACUGGUCUUCCUGGAGCAAAUGGAUCACCAGGCUCACCGGGACCAAGAGGUCCAGCUGGUGAAAGGGGAAGACCUGGGAAUCCUGGUGGCCCUGGUGCCCAUGGCAAAGAUGGAUCUCCAGGAGCAGCAGGCCCACCUGGUCCCCCAGGCCCUCCUGGAACUGCAGGAUUUCCAGGCUCUCCAGGUUUUAAGGGUGAAGCUGGUCCUCCUGGUCCUGCUGGUUCUAGUGGUAGUCCUGGAGAGAGAGGAGAACCUGGUCCUCAGGGAAAUGCUGGUCCACCUGGGCCUCAGGGGCCUCCUGGAAGAGCUGGAAGCCCUGGCAACAAGGGUGAAAUGGGACCUUCUGGUAUUCCUGGUGCUCCUGGUCUGCCAGGUGGCCGUGGUCUUCCUGGUCCUCCAGGUGCAAGUGGAAAUCCUGGGGCAAAAGGCUCUCCGGGAGAACCUGGUAAGAAUGGUGCUAAAGGAGACCCAGGCCCAAAAGGCGAACGUGGUGAAAAUGGCACCCCAGGUUCUCCUGGACCUCCUGGUGAAGAAGGCAAAAGGGGUGCAAAUGGUGAACCCGGCCAGAACGGCGUACCUGGUACACCUGGAGAAAGGGGCUCCCCUGGUUUCCGUGGCUUACCUGGUACCAAUGGACUUCCAGGUGAAAAGGGUCCUGCAGGUGAACGUGGUAGCCCAGGUCCUCCUGGCCCCAGUGGACCUGCAGGAGAGCGUGGACAAGAUGGAAACCCAGGUCUUCCUGGAAUGAGAGGUUUGCCUGGAGUUCCAGGGAGUCCUGGGGGCGAUGGGAAGCCAGGCCCUCCAGGUAACCAGGGUGAAUCUGGCCGCUCUGGUCCACCUGGUCCUCCAGGCCCACGGGGGCAGCCAGGUGUGAUGGGUUUCCCUGGUCCUAAGGGCAAUGAGGGUGCACCAGGGAAGAAUGGAGAAAGAGGCCCUGGAGGACCACCUGGAACACCUGGUCCUGCUGGGAAGAACGGUGAUGUUGGCCUCCCUGGUCCUCCUGGACCUACUGGUGCUUCUGGGGAGAGAGGAGAACCAGGACCAUCAGGUCCACCUGGCCUCCAGGGAUUGCCUGGUGGACCAGGACCAGCUGGAGAGAAUGGAAAGCCUGGAGAACCAGGACCAAAAGGUGAAAGUGGAGGACCCGGGUUCCCAGGCCCUAAGGGUGAAAACGGAAUCCCAGGUGAACGUGGUGCGCCCGGCCCUGCAGGACCUCCUGGAGCAAGAGGUGGACCAGGUCCUGCUGGCUCAGAAGGUGCCAAGGGUCCUCCUGGACCUCCUGGUGCCCCUGGAGGCACAGGGCUGCCUGGCUUACAGGGAAUGCCAGGAGAAAGAGGAGCUUCUGGAAGUCCUGGACCAAAAGGAGAUAAGGGAGAACCUGGUGGCAAAGGAGCUGAUGGCAUUCCUGGUGCAAGAGGAGAGAGAGGGAACGUAGGUCCCAUCGGUCCUCCUGGUCCUGCUGGCCCACCUGGAGACAAGGGAGAGACUGGUCCAGCAGGUGCCCCAGGUCCAAUGGGCUCCCGUGGUGGUCCUGGUGAAAGAGGAGAACAAGGUCUUCCUGGACCUGCUGGCUUCCCUGGAGCUCCAGGCCAAAAUGGAGAACCUGGUGGGAAAGGAGAAAGAGGCCCACCUGGUCUAAGAGGAGAGGCUGGACCCCCUGGAGCUGCAGGUCCACAAGGUGGUCCUGGUGCACCAGGUCCACCUGGUCCCCAAGGAACGAAAGGAGAACGUGGAUCUCCUGGAGGCCCUGGUGCUGCUGGUUUCCCUGGUGCUCGUGGUCUGCCUGGUCCCCCUGGUAACAAUGGCAGUCCAGGUCCCCCUGGUAACGCAGGGCCUGCAGGCAAGGACGGGCCUCCUGGACCCCCUGGUAGUGCUGGCUCUCCUGGUGGUCCAGGACCUGCUGGAACAAGAGGUGAACCUGGCGUACCAGGAGAGAAAGGGCCACCAGGUGCACGAGGAGAAAGGGGUGCACCAGGGGAACCAGGUCCUCAAGGCAUUGUCGGUGGCCGGGGUAACACAGGUUUGCCAGGGCUGCGUGGCCCCAGUGGUCCACCUGGUAUGGCAGGUGCCAAGGGUGAAGAUGGUAAACCAGGCACCAAUGGUAUCCCAGGAGAACGUGGUGCUCCUGGUCCACAAGGGCCUAUUGGACAAAGAGGCUUACCUGGAGAACCUGGCAGAGAUGGUAACCCUGGCUCAGAUGGCUUGCCCGGACGUGAUGGAUCUCCAGGAGGCAAAGGUGACCGUGGUGAAAGUGGCUCUCCUGGCCCUCCCGGACCUCCUGGUCACCCUGGACCUGCAGGUACCAAUGGUGAACCUGGAAAAGCUGGUGAAAGAGGAUUUCAGGGUCCACCUGGCCCUCCUGGCUCUAGCGGUCCUGCUGGUGCUCGUGGUCCUGCUGGUCCUCAAGGUCCUCGUGGUGAUAAAGGUGAACCUGGUGAACGAGGCAGCAACGGCAUAAAGGGUCAUAGAGGGUUUCCUGGUACACCUGGUCUCCCUGGUCCUCCUGGUCCCCUGGGUCCACAAGGUGCAAUUGGAAGUCCAGGAGCUUCAGGUGCAAGGGGCCCCCCAGGACCAUCUGGGCCACCUGGAAAAGAUGGUAGAAGUGGCUAUGCAGGUCCAAUUGGUCCUCCUGGCCCCCGUGGUAACAGAGGUGAAAGCGGCCCUGCAGGUCCACCAGGCCAGCCUGGUCUUCCAGGUCCUGCUGGUCCUCCUGGUCCCUGCUGCGGCGGUGGCGCAGCUGCCCUGGGCGCUGGUGAAAAAGGUCCAGUGGGCUAUGGGUAUGAAUACAGAGAUGAGCCAAAAGAGAAUGACAUCAACCUGAACGAGAUCGUCUCUUCCAUGAAAUCAAUUAACAACCAGAUUGAAAACAUCAUUAGCCCUGAUGGGUCACGGAAGAAUCCAGCUCGGAACUGCAGGGAUCUGAAGUUCUGCCAUCCCGAGCUCCAGAGUGGAGAGUACUGGAUUGAUCCUAACCAAGGCUGCAAGAUGGAUGCUAUUAAAGUCUACUGUAACAUGGAAACUGGUGAGACAUGCCUCAAUGCUAACCCCAGCACUGUGCCAAGGAAAAACUGGUGGACCAGUGACAGCAGUGGGAAGAAACACGUUUGGUUUGGAGAAUCUAUGACUGGAGGCUUCCAGUUCAGCUACGGAGAUCCUGAGCUGCCAGAGGAUGUCUCAGAAGUUCAGUUGGCCUUCCUGCGCAUCCUCUCCAGCCGUGCCUCCCAGAACAUCACCUACCACUGCAAGAACAGCAUUGCCUACAUGGAUGAAGCCAGUGGAAAUGUUAAAAAGGCUCUGAAACUGAUGAGCUCUACAGAAAGUGAGAUCAAGGCUGAAGGAAACAGCAAAUUCACCUAUGCUGUUCUGGAAGAUGGCUGUUCUACACACACUGGCGAAUGGGGUAAGACAGUCUUUGAGUACAGGACACGCAAGACCGUGAGGCUGCCUGUGGUUGACAUUGCACCUUUAGAUAUUGGUGGUCCUGAUCAGGAAUUCGGCGUGGACAUUGGCCCAGUCUGCUUCUUAUAAACCAAAGAUCCUGCUCUUUUCUGAAACCCCAGCAAACAGAUUCACACUCCAACU